CGAGAAUGGUGUGAUCAGCGAUUUGGGGUCAGAAGAAUGGGGGCGAAAGUGCUGAAAUGACUGGUCUCUACACCCGGACCUGCGAUCCUGCUCACGGCGGUUUGUAAGCAAGCGGCAGCAGCCUGCAGGCUCUGGCGUACUUUCGCUUACCAUUUCUUCUCUUUUAAUUUCUCUAAGGCAGAAACUGAAUCCGAGCCUGGGCCAGGGAAACGGCUGCGGGUGCGGUUGAAAAACUGCUCUUGGGCUGCGCCCGUUUCUGUGUCCGACAUUGUGCAAUGCCGAGUGUAGCGGUCAGUAGCAGUAGCGGGUAAGUAGGAUGGUCAGGACUUGAUCCCAAGGAUCGCCUCUGUUAUUGCUUUAUUCAGUCCCUGCAUCUUGUCGAGGUAGAGUAUCGCGCACAAGCGUGGUGCGUUGUUUUUACACACAUUGAUCCCUAGCGCCAUCCCAACUGUUGAUACAUGAUCACUUCUUAAACAGCCUUAAACAGUCGGCAUCGCUCUUCUUUUUGCCUUCGGCAUUUUUUGCCUGUAAUGUGCAGGUAGCUCCGCGUGAAUACGCCCGCCGCCACCGAUUGAUACGCGAUGCAUGUUCAGCCAUCUAUCACAGUGGACACAUCUGAUUUAGAGCCCCCGAGGAGAAGCCGAGAGGAACCAUGGAACCCCGUUGAUGCCUCAGCCAACGGGCGACGUGUGGCACUGCCAGAUACUUCAAGUUUGAGCCCGCCUCCACUUCAGGAGGCGACCAGCCAGGUUGGCGACUAUGGUGACAACAAGUACUUAGGGCAGCCGAAGCUCUCACCUCGACAAUCACUUUCACCAAUCGGAAAUGGUGCUCUCGACCAACUUGGGGCAAGCUUUUCUGCGCCCUCGGAUGGGAGGGCCCAAGAAGAUUGCGACGCUAGGUCCACUGCAGGCGAAUCGAUCUCCCUACAAUCCAAUGAGUUAUCAGACCUCAUUCGGCAGAAGGGUAAAGAUGCUGUCAGUGCGGAGCGAAGGACUUUCUACCCUAUCAGCGAUCUGGAGGAAGUUGUGACAAGGACUACGGCACGACAAGAGCUCGGGAAUCGUCCUGAUGUGGAGGAAAUACUGGACCAUAUCUUCGUUCCCAGAAUCGUUUCCAACCACAAGACUCGGGCUUUCAAAAUCUUCGUUAUUCUGACCCUCAUGGGAAAACCUGAAGCUAUUCGGGACUUCAUCGACGAUGAGACAUACGACCUGGAUCUACCCAUUGAAAGACCAGUCACCGACGGAACUUCGACGAACAGGGACCAGUACAUACGGAAUCCCCAAAUAAUGGGUCGUGGUCGCAGAGAGAUUAACAUAUUCAAACGGUGGGCGGCCGCGGACACUGAGAGUUUUGUGGAAAAGCAACAUGCUGUCUGUGUACCGAUCUUCGACUUCGACACCCAGCCUGGGGCUCCAGUGUCGCACUACAACCUGCACGGACAGACGGUCCUUCCAUACAUUGAGAACGGCGAGAAUGGUUCGCGCGGUGAGGGACGCUCGGACGUUUGGAAGGUCAAGAUCCACCCCGCCCACAUCAUAUGUCAGGAGGCUUGUCCUGAUAUGUCACUUGCAGUCAAACAACUGAAGCACCGAGUCGGUAAACCAUUCACCGAAGAGGCAGAAAAGUUCAUCAAGGAAGCCAGGAAUCUUAGACGGUUCGCCAGCCGCGACCACGAUUUCAUCAUCAAGUUGCUGUGUACUUUUCAAUGGCGAGGGCAUUACUACUUCCUGUUUCCAUGGGCAGAUGGCAAUCUCUACGACUUCUGGAGUCGUCACCCUACCCCACUUGCACAUUUGAAGCAGCCUUCGACAGCCAGGUGGCUCUCUGAACAAUGCCUCGGGCUGACUAGAGCUCUAAGAGACAUCCACCGCGGCGAUUCUCACUCGACUCUUCACUUGGCUCCUCAUCAGAAGAAUCACGGCAAACAUGGAGACAUCAAGCCGGAGAAUAUACUAUACUUCAAGACUGGUAGCAGCGAUGGUACUGCGGCCAAUGAAGCAUGCCGCGUUCAGCUCAAAAUAUCGGACCUCGGCGAAGCGGAGUUCCACUCCACAACUUCUAUGGAAGUCGAUGCGAUGGGUGUCCUGCAUACGCCAUCAUACAGUGCACCAGAGCUGAGGGUGAAGAAGGUCUCAAUGCCGAACUACGAUAUAUUCUCCCUGGCUUGUGUCUUGCUGGAAUUUGUCACCUGGUAUGUACAUGGGUUUGAUGGGGUCAAGAGCUUCCACGAGAAACGAUUGAAAGAGCAAGAGGAGCCGGUGUACAAUUUCCGUGGCGACUUUAAGGUAGACAGCUUCUUCAAGCAUGUCACCGUGCGAAUGGAUGAGAGCCGCAACAUUGGAGCUAUGCAUAAGAGCAGUGUUAUCCAAGAGAUAGAUGAGCUGCUCCAGCACCAUGACUGCUCGGAUUAUAUCUCAGACCUGCUGGUAUUCAUCAAAGGCAACCUGUUGCGGAUGAAUCCGCAGAACCGAGCCAACUGCGACACAAUCUACAAGAAGUUUGAGGAGCUGGACAGACAAUGCAGAGCAGACGACGACUAUUGUGUUGAAAGGCUCAAGCAGGCUCCCGCCCGCGCACAGACAGACAUGUCGCUGGUUACCGAGAUCGACAUCUCGAAGCAUAUAAUCAAAAUCAUGACAGAUUCGAGAGACGGAGAGAGUGGCCAGGUGCAAAUCAAAGUGGAAAGAAGAUCCAGUCAUCCCCAACACCCUAUAGGAGGCCCUCCACCAGCAUCAUCUCUCCCAGUCGGCCAGUCAGGAAUGUCACAGGUACAUCUCUUGUGUCAACCUUCUUCCAGUGAGAAGGGCCAAAUGGGGCAAGACGUCAACGAGCCACAAGAACGUGCAGCCAGUGAGCGCAAAGCACCACGGCCUGAAGACCCCUUACCCAUCAUGCCCGCUGAACAAGAUAUUCAGUCGCCUAUCAACCAAGAUCUUCCGUCGAAGACUUUAAAUACGGCACCGGGUUAUGGCGACCUGCUUGGUGUUCCUGGUGGAAAGACGGGACAGUCACCGUCAUCUGGGAGUUGUAAACCCGGGGACAACUCAAGGAAUAGCGAGCAGGGGGGUGGAAGCAGUACGUGGAGUGUAAAGAGGUCUCCCGGGAGGUCACCAUCUGAAGAAGAUCGCGUUAGUCGGGGUCCUCGUAGCGUGAGAGCAAAGGCGUUAAGGUUUUUCCGUUGGGCUUUCUCCUGCUUUAAAUGAUACCAGACUCAGUAUACUGGGCAGUUUACGAAUUCAAUACCCAAUGAUACCCUAAUUUUGACAGCCUAAAUCCUCAAGUCA